AAAUUUUGAAAAAUGCACACAUCUAAAAUUCUUUGUUGAUCGCAAAAAAAAAAACAAAAAAAGCUGCAAUGACUUGCACAGAAAUUUUACAUGAACUUCAGUGUAAAACUCCGCCCUGUCCCUGUCAGAAGUGCGCCAAGUUGCGUGGCGAGAGCGGAAAUGGAAACGUCAAUGCUGAAAGUAAUGUUGCAGAUAUGCCGCCAGAGCGGCCAAUACCAAAAUAUCAGUUUCAAUGUAAAUGCCUUUGUGAAACGGAUACGGAAAGGCCCUAUAAACGGAAAUGUCCACCCGCUCCGCCGCAGCCCAAGCAAACUGUUAGUCCCAAUAAAAAGUGUGUAGAAGAUGAUUGUAAUACGGGGAAAGGUUGUUGCAAUACGGGACGCAACUUUUUGUCCUUUAUGAUAAGCAUAAUUGGCUUCAUAUCGUUUUUAAUAAUAGCCGCCAUCGUGUUCUGGCUUUUGGUGUUGAAAUGUACAAUUAUCCUGUCCAUCAAAGUAUAUAAAUCGAAGAGAACUACGCAAGUGACAGUAGUGAGCAUAAUUGGUUUCUUGUUUCUGCUUAUAUUUUGUACGGCUGCAUUGACAUGUUUUCAAAGAUAUUCGGCCAGACGUUCGGCGAGCAAACUUGCAGCACAACCAGCCAUUAAAAUAAAAUCCGAACCCUCUGGCAGUUGGUAUACAUUUAAAAGAAGCCAACGGAAAACAAUUGCGCCGCCAUCCAAAGUGACUAAGACCCGUUACCCUUGGACACUUCGUUCCGUUACUCCGGGCUCAACAAAAGAAUUAACAUCCACAGUCAGCAAAGUUGAAACACGUUCUUCGUGGAUGCCUUUUGGUAGAGGACGUGAGGUAACAACGAAGGAUAUCAAAAUAGAGUCCAGUGAACCACGUUCGUCGUGGAUAAAAACACAUAUUUGGCGAGAGACAACAACGAAAGAUAUUGUUACCCCUGUUAAGAAGCCUGAAGCAUCUUCUUCCUGGUUACCUUCAUUUAGAUGGAGUUCGGCUUCAACGAAACAAAUUGAACAACAAACAAAAACAACAGAGACACGUACCUCGUGGAUGCCUUCUCGAUGGUUGGGUCAGUCUCCGCCAAAAGAAAUUGAUUAUCAACUGAAGAAAUCUGAAAUGCCCACUUCUGGGCUGUCUACAAUUAGAUGGCGUACAAAACAACCUGAACAAGCACCUAAAAAGAUUGAAAGGCGUUUCUCCUGGCGGCCUUCUAGUUGGUGGGGUUCGUCGGCGCCUGAAGCUGAACAACGUUCUAAACAGAGUGAAAGGCGUUCCUUGUGGCGACCUUCUAGUUGGUGGGGUCAGUCUCCGUCAAAAGAAAUUGGAUGUGAACUGGAGAAGCCUGGAGCCUUUACUUCUUGGAUAUCAACAUUUAGAUGGAGUUCAACUUCAUCGAAACAAAUGGAGCCUCUAGCCAAAAAGGCAGAGGCGCGUACAUCCUGGAUGCCAUUCCAGUGGGGUCAGACUGUACCCAAAGUGGUGGAACGAAAUGAAACGUCUGUGACGCGUUACACUUGGUUACCUUCAUUCAAGUUGAGGCAGUCACCAGUCAAAAUUGAGACUACAACUACAAAGACGGAAGCGCGCUCUUCAUGGUUACCUUCCUUUAAUCUGCGCUCUAGAUGGACAACUUACUUUACUAAAUCAACUACAAUAAAAGAAAUUCAAACUCCACCACAAACAAGUAAAGUACGUUUUUCCUGGAUGCCUUUUCUUUCGUGGAGUAACAAGCCAGCAAAAGGUAUGGAAAUUGAAUUGACCCAAAAAGAGCAUGAGUCACGUUCAUCUUGGAUACCCUACUUUAAUUGGCGACGUACGAAGACAACCAAAACGGCAACAACAAAUAAGGACUCCAAAAAGACUACUUCGACUUCUUACUGGUGGCCAAGUUUUAGUUGGGGUCAAUCAGCAACUACAGCGACAAGUAACAGACUGUCCGGUGGAAUGCAACAACAGAAGCUUACUGUCACCAUAACCGACGAUGAGGCACGCCAAAUAUAUAAACGGUCCAAGUUGUAUGCGAUACCAACAGAAAUGAAACAACCGCCAGCUUUGGUCGUAUAUUUACGAGAUUUUAUUCAAAGAAAUGCGGACUAAAGACGCGACAUAAAAUGCGGCAUAGUUCCAGAGUUAAGUUGAAAAAAUGUGUGCAACCACAAAAAUUAUAGAGCAACCAUUAUAAAUUUUUGUAUUGUGAAACAUAAUUGUAAAAGAAAUAUUAA